UUAUCCACAAUUUUUAACCUAAAUUUACAUAAUUAUACUCAUAUUACCUAUUAUAAUAAUUUAUUAUUCAUUUUGUUUAUGAUAUUUUAUUUAUUUGUCUGUUAAUUUAUAUUACUUUUGUUUUUUAUCUAUUUUGUUUGUCUGUUUGUUUAUCUAUUUAUAAAAACUUUGGCCCCCAUAUGAUCUCACUUCCCAUCCAGGAGCGUUGCGUGACCGACACAAAGAACGGCUGUGUAGGAGACUAGAAAAGCUUGCCUGUUCUAAAUAAUUAUGGAAGAUUAUUAAAGCCAGAAACUUGUUAUUUAGGCUCAAAAUCAUAAAAAUGGGAGACAGCCGUGCAGCUAUUUUUUUUUUCUCCUUUACCGUUACUUAAGCUUAAGUAUUUUUAUUGUUAAGCGUUACUUAAGCUUGAAGCAUGAAGGUGGGUGUGAUCAAUUAUUUUGAUAUCUUGUUUGUGUCAAUGUUUAGUUCUUUUUCACUCAGGUUUUGUAUUUUGCCCAUGCCGCUUGCUAAAUUUCACUGCUUUCGUGUUUUUACAGAACCCGGGUGGUAUUUUUAAACCACCAGAUUAAACCUUUUAUCAGUCAAAGUUUAUGUUUUGUUAUUUUUUAUCAAUCAUACAGUACUUUACUUCUUCUACAGGUUAUCUUGUGAGAGGUGAUUAUCAAAAUGUUUACCAAGCACUUGUCAUUUUUAUCCAGAGCUGUAAAACCAGCUUUUGAUAAGGCUAUAAAAGCUGGUUAUGUCCGAAGUUUGAGUAAGCUAGCUGCCAAGCCCCCAAGCAUCAGUUCUGUGACACCACUUAAGGCUGGUAGAGGAGUGGAAGUUGUCUGGGAUGAUGGGGAGAGAAGCAUAUUCCACAGUAGCUGGCUACGAAUGAACUGCUCCUGUGGUAAAUGCAUGCAGGCCGCCAGUGGACAAAGGACCAUCUCACUAAAAUACAUCCCAGAGCAUAUUUUACUGGAAGCAUUGGACAUUUCUGCUGAUUCCAAGGAGAUUUCUAUUAGAUGGAAGGAUGAGAACCACAACAGCACAUUCCCAUUACGAUGGCUUAAAGAGCACUCGUACUCCGACAAAGAUAUUGCUAUGCAAGGACUAGAAAGGAAACCCUUGCCAUACCAAGGGGAGGGAUCUCCUAGCAUGGAGUACAGAGAAAUGUCAGAUUCUGAUGAAGGCUUGCUGAAAUAUUUGAGGCAUUUAAAUGAGUAUGGCAUUUCAGUGCUGACAGGUGUACCUAAAAAUGUCCAUGUUACACAGGUGGCGAGAAAAUUUGGACCUGUAUUAGAAACCAUCUAUGGAAGGGAUUUUCAAGUUAUCAGCCAGCCAAAUCCAAUCAACAUUGCCUAUUCAGACGUGAAUCUCCCUUUCCAUGUUGAUCUGGCAUACUAUCAAUCUCCUCCCGGCCUGCAGCUUUUACAUUGUGUCAGGUUUGACAAGCAAGUAGUUGGCGGUGAAAGCAUAUUUUUGGAUCUGUUUGCUGUGGCUGAAGAAUUCAGGAAAACAAACCCCCAGGAGUUCAAUACAUUCUUAAGAGUUCCUGCUACUUUUCAAAAGAUACAUUUUGAGCGGGAGUAUCCGGUUUACAUGAAGUACCAGCGGCCACAUAUCGUCCUCAACCAUCGCGAUGAAAUUGUAGCAGUGACAUGGUCUCCUGCAUUUGAAGGCCCGCUGUUUGCUCGCGAGGAGGAUGUUGAGCCUUACUAUGAAGCGUACAGGAAAUUUGACAAGGCCGUGAACAAGUCUCCGCUCAAGCUUAAGUUAAAACUCAACGAGGGUGAUCUGGUGACGUUUAAUAAUAUCCGUAUGCUGCACGGCAGAAAGGCUUUUCAGCUAAAUGAUGGAGUUCGACAACUUGAUGGCUGCUACGUAAAUAUUGACGAGUUCCGCAACAAACUUGAUGUACUGUCACAAACCGUUGGGGAUGGAAGACUCUCCAAACGUGUUGGCAACGGCUGCUUCUUUUAGAACAUGAAAUAAUAACAUUUUAUCAUAUGUACGUUUAUCGUAUGUGUGUAUGUUUAGAACAUAAAAUAAUAAUAUUUUAUCAUAUGUAGAUAUAUGAUAAUUUAUAAUAAUAACUAAUUCUGGCAUACCUAAUAUAUUUUUUGUAUGUAGGUAAGUUGGUUUUGACAAGGGGACAUUCGUUUCCUAAUAAAAUAGUGUAUGUCAGUCAGACAGAGAA